UGCGCCCCAGUCCCGGCAGCCAGCAGCCCCACAGCGCUGCCAGAACAGUGGGCCGAUUCUCCGCUAUCCCCUUUAAGGGGGUUUAAAGGCGAGCAGCGACUCCGAUUUCUUUCGGCCAACUUUUUUUUAUAUAAAUAUAGCGAUGAGGAAGCCAGACUGAACCGCGACUGCCAGCCACGUCACCCACCUACUUCGGAUACUUCUAGUUGUUUUUUUAAUAAUAUAACUGGAAGGAAAGGAGCAGACUUUCUAUAAAGGAUGCAUGCAUGUUUUUCAACACCGAGUUAAGAGAAAAUAACAAUUGCCGCAUGUUAAUGAGAACUCGGAAAAAUAGUUUAGAAAAACCUGAUUAACUUUGGGGUCAUAAAUUUAUUCAGGCUAAAGAUUAAGAAAGUUCUACGGAACUGUGCAUAGUGUUUUAAAUCGUAUUCGUUUUUACCGCGACUUUGGUAGAUCAUCCUGAAAAGCCGAGGCGUCUUGUUGGUUAGAGUUUUUAGAAGGAAAAAUCUCCUGAAAACUACUUUGCUGGCUUUGCACAAAAUGAAUAUUUUUCGUCUUUUGGGGGACGUGUCCCAUCUUGUGGCAAUCAUCAUAUUGUUCCUUAAAAUCUGGAGGUCUAAGUCCUGUGCAGGUAUUUCUGGAAAAAGCCAGAUGCUGUUCGCUUUGGUCUUUACCACUAGGUACCUGGACCUGUUCACCAGCUUCAUUUCAAUCUACAACACGGUCAUGAAGGUGGUGUUUCUGAUUUUGGCGUAUGCCACUGUGUACCUUAUCUACAUGCGCUUCCGGAGCUCCUAUGACUCUGAGAACGACUCAUUCCGCGUGGAGUUCCUCCUCAUUCCUGUGGCUGGCCUUUCAUUCCUGGAGAACUAUGACUUCGCGCCAUUGGAGAUCCUGUGGACCUUCUCCAUCUACCUGGAGUCGGUGGCAAUCCUGCCUCAGCUCUUCAUGAUCACUAAGACUGGAGAGGCAGAGUCCAUCACCACGCACUACUUGUUCUUCCUGGGCCUUUACCGUGCCCUCUACCUUGCCAACUGGGUAUGGCGAUACCACACGGAGGGCUUCUUCGACCAGAUUGCCGUGGUGUCCGGUGUGGUGCAGACCAUCUUCUACUGUGACUUCUUCUACCUUUACGUUACUAAGGUGCUGAGGGGCAGUAAAAAGAUGACUCUUCCCAUGCCAGUCUGAGCACCACCGGAAGACACUCCCCCACCCUUUCCCCAAUCCUCAAAUUACCUCCAUCUCAAUCAAGUAUCACACACUUCCACAUAGAGAGAACAUUGUUGUACUCCUCUUAAAUACUAAGGCGAUUUGAGCAAAUAAGAGGUUUCCUUUAAAUGUUUUGAUCGAUGAGCAAAAGUGAGAGGAUCUUUAUUAUAAUACUCCUAAGGUGCGAAAGAAUUCACGUCAAUACUUUGAACCUGGUUUGAUGCUAGUUCGGAACUUUUGUGCAUAUUUAAAUCUGAAAACUUGGUACUCUACACUUUUGUCAGGUAAAAUCUGCCAUAUAAGUGUAUUGUAGGUGUUCAAUGAAAUCCCAUGGGUAACAUUGUAUUGUUGAAUGUUGUCAUCCUGUUUAACAUUUAAUGUUGCGUGUCUGAGCAGAAUAGAUAAGCAUAAGCAGUAUACAAUGUAAUAAAAAUGAGCCCUCAUCUUUUGCAA